GAUCCUCACACAGCCUGAUGGGCCCCAGCCCGGGACCGGCUCCCGCUCCGGGACACUCCUUCCCCCAGCAGACCCCCGUGGCAUACAGCCAGGAGAGCCUGCACCCCAUGCACAAGCCGGUGGAGGAGGUGCUCUCUGAGGACGCUCACUUCAGCCAAAUGAAGGUGGUGCCCAUGAGGGGGAUGACCCGUCCUGGGAGCCCAAUGGACCAGCACUCACAAGGGUACCCGUCUCCACUUGGUGCAUCUGAGCAUGUGUCCAGCCCUGUGUCCACCAGCGGGCCUCCUUCAGGUCCACUUCUGUCCACCUCCGGCUCCAGCUCUGCAUCUCUGGAAGGUUCAGAUGGGCAGGCGCUGCCACUGACCCGCCCGGGGGCCCAAACUGUGGCUCCUGGCUCUGGCAGUGGCCCCCCAGGCUCCUCCAACACACCCACACCCUUCAACCAGAGCCAGCUGCACCAGCUGCGUGCCCAGAUCAUGGCCUACAAAAUGCUGGCACGUGGGCAACCGCUGCCGGACCACCUGCAGAUGGCAGUGCAGGGCAAGAGACCCAUGCCAGGGAUGCCACAGGGGCCGUCACUGCCCACACUGCCCCCUGCUGGAGGAGGAGGAGGAGCCGGCUUCAGCAGAGCACAUGGAAUGGUGGGACCCAACAUGCCUCCGCCGGGGCCGUCUGGAGUCCAGGCUGGUGUUCAGGGCCAGAACCUCAACGGACCUCCCAAACCCUGGCCUGAAGGUCCUCUGGUGAACGCAGCAACCCCGUCCAAUGCCCCUCAGAAGCUGAUGCCGCCACAGCCCACUGGACGCCCCUCACCUGCACCACCUGCUGUGCCACCCGCUGCCUCACCCGUCAUGCCACCGCAAACUCAAUCUCCAGGAAACCUCGCCCACCCGUCCCAGCCCACCACCAUGGUGCCGCUGCAUCAAAAGCAGAACCGCCUCACACCGGUGCAAAAGCCCUGCGGUCUGGAUCCAGUGGAGAUCCUGCAGGAGAGGGAGUACAGGCUCGAGGCUCGAAUCGCGCACCGGAUUCAGGAGCUGGAGAACCUGCCCGGGUCUCUGGCUGGAGAUCUGCGCACCAAAGCCACCAUAGAACUCAAAGCCCUUCGGCUGCUCAACUUCCAGAGACAGCUGCGGCAGGAGGUGGUGGUCUGCAUGCGGAGGGACACAGCUCUGGAGACGUCUCUGGACGCUAAAGCCUACAAGCGCAGCAAGCGUCAGUCGCUGAGAGAGGCCAGAAUCACAGAGAAGCUGGAGAAGCAGCAGAAGAUCGAGCAGGAGCGCAAACGCAGGCAGAAGCACCAGGAGUAUCUCAACAGCAUCCUGCAGCACGCCAAAGACUUCAAGGAGUACCACCGCUCCAUCACGGCCAAGAUGCAGAAGCUGACCAAAGCGGUGGCCACGUACCACGCUAACACUGAGCGCGAGCAGAAGAAGGAGAACGAGCGCAUCGAGAAGGAGCGCAUGCGGCGCCUGAUGGCUGAGGAUGAGGAGGGUUACAGAAAGCUAAUCGACCAGAAGAAGGACAAGCGUCUGGCGUAUCUGCUGCAGCAGACAGAUGAGUAUGUGGCCAACCUGACGGAGCUGGUGCGCGCUCAUAAAGCUGUUCAGGCCCUGAAAGAGAAGAAGAAGAAAAAGAAGAAGAAGAAGCUGGAGAAUGCUGAGGGGCAGACCGGAGCUCUGGGGCCAGAUGGAGAGCCCCUGGAUGAGACGAGUCAGAUGAGUGAUCUUCCAGUGAAGGUGAUUCAUGUGGACAGUGGGAAGAUUCUGACAGGUGUGGAUGCUCCUAAAGCUGGACAGCUGGACACCUGGCUGGAGAUGAACCCUGGGUAUGAGGUCGCUCCGCGGUCUGACAGUGAGGACUCCGGGUCAGAGGAGGAGGAGGAAGAGGAAGAGGAACCUCCUCCACUGCUUCCAACUCAGACACCUGCAGAAGAGAAGAAGAAGAUCCCUGACCCGGACAGUGAGGACGUGUCAGAGGUGGACGCGCGGCACAUCAUUGAGCAUGCUAAGCAGGAUGUGGAUGAUGAAUACGGCAGCGCUGUGAUCAUGCGUGGUUUACAGUCGUAUUACGCUGUAGCUCACGCCGUCACUGAGCGCGUGGACAAACAGUCGUCACUGCUGAUCAACGGCCAACUCAAGCAGUACCAGAUCAAGGGUUUGGAGUGGCUGGUGUCUCUGUAUAAUAAUAACCUGAACGGGAUCCUGGCAGACGAGAUGGGCUUGGGCAAAACCAUCCAGACCAUCGCCCUGAUCACGUACCUGAUGGAGUACAAGCGUCUGAACGGGCCGUACCUCAUCAUCGUGCCGCUCUCAACUCUGUCCAACUGGGUCUAUGAGUUUGACAAAUGGGCUCCGUCUGUGGUGAAGGUCUCCUAUAAGGGGUCUCCGGCCGCCAGAAGAGCCUUCGUCCCUCAGCUGCGCAGCGGCAAGUUCAACGUUCUGCUGACCACCUAUGAGUACAUCAUCAAAGACAAGCAGAUCCUGGCCAAGAUCCGCUGGAAGUACAUGAUAGUGGAUGAAGGGCACCGCAUGAAGAACCACCACUGCAAGCUGACGCAGGUGUUGAACACACACUACCUGGCCCCGCGGCGGGUGCUGCUGACCGGGACGCCGCUGCAGAACAAGCUGCCCGAGCUCUGGGCGCUGCUCAACUUCCUGCUGCCCACCAUCUUCAAGAGCUGCAGCACCUUCGAGCAGUGGUUCAACGCCCCCUUCGCCAUGACCGGCGAGAAGGUGGACCUGAAUGAAGAGGAGACCAUCCUGAUCAUCCGGCGUCUGCAUAAAGUUCUCCGCCCCUUCCUGUUACGCAGACUCAAGAAGGAAGUGGAGGCGCAACUGCCGGAGAAGGUGGAGUAUGUCAUCAAGUGUGAUAUGUCGGCUCUUCAGAGGGUUCUGUACCGACACAUGCAGGCCAAAGGGGUUCUGCUGACCGACGGCUCCGAGAAGGAUAAGAAAGGUAAAGGCGGCACUAAGACUCUAAUGAACACUAUAAUGCAGCUGAGGAAGAUCUGUAAUCACCCCUACAUGUUCCAGCAGAUUGAGACAUUCUCAGAGCAUCUGGGCUUCUCCGGCGGAAUCGUUCAAGGGCUGGAUUUAUACCGAGCCUCGGGGAAGUUCGAGGUGCUGGACCGCAUUCUGCCAAAACUACGAGCCACAAACCACAAAGUGCUGCUCUUCUGCCAGAUGACGUCUCUGAUGACCAUCAUGGAGGAUUACUUCGCCUACCGCAACUUUAAGUAUCUGCGUCUGGACGGCACCACGAAGGCUGAGGACCGGGGGAUGCUGCUGAAGACCUUCAAUGAUCCGGCCUCUCAGUACUUCAUCUUCCUGCUGAGCACCAGAGCGGGCGGCCUGGGCCUGAACCUGCAGAGCGCCGACACGGUCAUCAUCUUCGACAGCGACUGGAACCCUCACCAGGACCUCCAGGCGCAGGACCGAGCACACCGCAUCGGGCAGCUGAAUGAGGUGCGGGUUCUGCGUCUCUGCACCGUCAACAGUGUGGAGGAAAAGAUUCUGGCGGCCGCAAAAUACAAGCUGAACGUGGACCAGAAGGUGAUCCAGGCCGGGAUGUUCGACCAGAAGUCGUCGAGUCAUGAGCGGCGAGCGUUUCUGCAGGCAAUCCUGGAGCACGAGGAGCAAGACGAGGAGGAGGACGAGGUGCCGGAUGAUGAGACGGUUAAUCAGAUGAUCGCCAGGAGUGAAGACGAGUUCGACCAGUUCAUGCGGAUGGAUCUGGACCGCCGGCGUGAGGAGGCGCGGAACCCGAAGCGUAAGCCGCGGCUGAUGGAGGAGGACGAGCUGCCCACCUGGAUCAUGAAGGAUGACGCAGAGGUGGAGCGACUCACCUGUGAGGAGGAGGAGGAGAAGAUGUUCGGCCGCGGCUCCCGCCAGAGGAAGGAGGUGGACUACAGCGACUCACUGACCGAGAAACAGUGGCUGAAGGCUAUAGAGGACGGUACGCUGGAGGAGAUAGAGGAGGAAGUGCGGCACAGGAAGUCAGCUCGUAAGCGUCGGCGGGAUCGUGAUCGAGAUCCAGACUCGGUCCCAUCCACAUCUGCACGCGCCGGCGGCCGAGAGCGAGACGACGACAGCAAACGGCAGAAGAAGCGCGGUCGACCACCGACGGAGAAACUCUCGCCAAACCCGCCGGCGCUCACCAAGAAGAUGAAGAAGAUCGUGGAUGCAGUCAUCAAAUACAAGGAGAAUAACGGCCGUCAGCUGAGCGAGGUCUUCAUCCAGCUGCCGUCCCGGAAGGAGCUUCCUGAAUAUUAUGAGCUGAUCCGCAAACCUGUGGACUUCAGGAAGAUCAAGGAGCGGAUUCGCAGCCAUCGCUACCGCAGCCUCAAUGACCUGGAGAGAGACGUGAUGCUGCUGUGCCAGAACGCACAAACCUUCAACCUGGAGGGCUCACUGAUCUAUGAGGACUCUAUCGUUCUGCAGUCGGUUUUCACCAGCCUGCGUCAGAAGAUCGAGAGAGAAGAAGAGAGCGAUGGAGAGGAGAGUGAGGAAGACGAGGAGGACGAAGGCUCUGAUUCAGAGAGUCAGUCUAAC